AUGAGUCUUUCCCGCGACCAACAGAUCGCCGAAUACGGCUGGACUGCUUUACCUUGCGAUCCCGAACAAUGGGGCGGCAACAAAAAGAACAAUCGUGAGCAUGUAGCCCAGCUAUGCAAUCAGGUGCCUCUACCAGAUACACCAUUGGUCAAAGCCGCAUUGGAGCAUGUCAAGAACGAAUUACCGGAGCACACAUUCAACCACAGCAUGCGAGUCUUCUAUUAUGGCAUGGCAAUAGCCACCCAACAGUUCCCAAGUUGGAAAUUUAGUCCAGAGACAUGGCUACUCGCCUGUUUGUUCCAUGAUAUCGGUACCGCUGAUAAGCACACCCACGGCACAUUCAUGUCUUUCGAAUUCUACGGUGGCUAUCUAGCCAUGGAUGCGCUCAAGAAGUUCAACGCUCCAGCUGCUCAAGCAGAGUCUGUAGCUGAAGCUAUCAUCCGACAUCAAGAUCCUGUGGAAACGGGUACCAUCACAACCAUUGGUCUGUUGAUACAACUGGCUACCCAAUUUGACAACAUGGGCUACCGACCUGAAUACGUCCAUCCGGAUACCAUCAAGGAUGUUGUGAAGGAGUAUCCUCGUCGUGGCUGGUCUGGCUGCUUUUCGAAGAAGAUUAGAGAGGAGGUUGCGGUCAAGCCUUGGUGCCAUACUACAGCUUCGACGGAAAAGUUCCCUCAUGAUGUGGAGCAUAAUGGGUUAAUGGCGCCGUAUGAUGACAAGUACUAG